GGUGAUAUAAAAAAAAAAAUACAAAAUUGAAAAUAAAAGAAAUCUACAAAAAAAAUGUUAUCCUCGGAGUGUGCGAGCUUUAUCGCGUACGUUUGGAAUCAAAAAUAUGUAUUAUUGAUAAAUGAAUUAAAAAUUGUAAAUAGAUUAUUUGCACAUACUGUCGUAUGGAUUAUCACGUGGUUAGAAAAGAAGAUACUCUAUUGUCGAUUAUCAAGAUUUUUCACGGGAAAAUUGAUGAUCGUGGAGAAAAUGAAAAUAACUGCGUGGUCGAAAAAAGAAAAAGGCUCGAUGAUAAUCGAUCGAAACGGUCCAUAAGAUAUUUUCGUAUUAUAAUUGAAAGAAAGGUGUCGGUGAGAUGACGGUUCGUCGAGAGGACGGUCAAGGAAUGAGACAUAGCAAUUCUUGGCCGAAUAGAUCGCAAAGGACCGUACGGGUCCGUGUUGAUCCACUUUCGCGUGCUUUUACUAUAAUUUCGACUAAUAGAUCGGAAGAAGAUGAUGAAGAAGAAGAAGAAGAAGAAGAAGAAGAUGAAGAAAAUAAUCAGGAAAAAAAUCGAGAUAAAAAGGAAAAAGAAGAAGUAGAAGAAAAAUAUGAACUGAAGAUCAUUGGUAAAUCUUUGACACAUUGCUCGACGAACAAAGAUAAAAUUAAAGACGAAGAAAAAGAUGAUAAUGUUGAUCGGAUAGUAGGGAUCGAUCGAAAAUCUAAACGACACAGUGAAUUUCAAAGGAAGACGUUACAUUCGUCGCUGAGGGCGCUCAAUCGGCACCGACUUUAUGUCGAAACGUCGGCAUUAUCCUCGACGAUCUCGACAGCCAGCAGGCGAAGAAGAAGAAGAAGAAGAAGUAGCAGCAGCAUCAGCAACAGCAACAGCAAUAGUAACAGCAGCAUCGAACUGAAGAUCUUCGACGUUGCUUCGAUCGAUUUAAGGGACGACGUUAAGGAUAAUAAAGAAGGUUCUUCUUUACUGGUCGAUACGAGUCAGUUAGCAAAAGAAGAAAAAGAAAAAGAAGAAGAAGAAGAAGAAGAAAAGAAAGGAGAAGAAAAGGAGAAAGAUGAAGAUAAAGAUGAAGAUAAAAAUAAAAUAGGAAAGCCUACGGUCGUGCUGACGCCGCAUAUCGAGAUCGUUGACUACGAUCGAAUCGGCGGCACGAGUUCGCAAAGCGAUCGCCAUGCUUGCCCCAAGUGCACUUCGGAAGGACAACUAAGAUUACAGGUCGAUCCAUUUCGAUCCCCGAUUACGUACGAUGCCUCGAACGGUGCAUGCUCGAUAAAUGGAACACAAACACGUACGCAAAGUAUUCUCAAUAGGAAAAAGAGGCAAAUCGAUAGAUCUAAUAUUCCCGGUAGAAGCACUUGGCCCGAUGGACGUAUCGCAUCCUUUGCCACUGGUUAUUUAGCUAAAAGAGAAUUAAACUUUGGUAGGAAAAAAAGAAAUGAAUUGUCUGCAGUAAAUCAACAAACUUGUCGACCAUACGAUCUUUGUAAAGAGGCAACGUUAAGGAGACAUUAUUAUCCUGAGGGUGGUUGGGGAUACGUCAUCGUCACGUGUUCCAUGUUAGUACAUUUUCUUGGUGUAGGAUUGCAAUUCGCUGCACCCGGAACUUGGCAUCGUUCUGCUGAACUUAAAUUUGAUCAUCCUCCUCUUCACAGCGCAGGAUGGCUCGGUGCAAUGUCCACUGGCGUAGCCUUGCUGGUGUCACCCGUAACGAUAGCCUUUUGUAGAAGAAAAAGCACCAGAGUUACGGCCGUUUUGGGUGGCCUCGUUACGGCACUCGGAUGCCUCUUCACGUCCUUCGCCUCGCAAUUUCAUCAAUUGUUCUUCAGCUAUGGUACCAUGGUGGGCAUAGGUGUGAGUAUGACAAGAGAUUGCAGUACACUAAUGGUAGCACAAUAUUUCAAACGAAAAAGAGAACUAGUUGAAAUCUUCAUCGUUUCUGGAAGUGGUCUGGGUAUAGCAGUCAUGUCAGCCUUUAUAAAAGGCACCAUUAGCAAAAUAGGUUGGCGACUGGGUCUUCAAGCGGUGACAGGUGUUGUCUUCCUUACGUUCAUUUUAGGAACAUUUUAUCGUAGUGCUUCGCUUUAUCAUCCUCAACGUCGAGCAAUAUUACAUUUGAAGAAUCAAAAGAGAAAGAUUAAGGAUAAAAACAAAACCGACGACAGACCACCGUUCUUUGAUUUCAGCACGCUCAAAAGUAAAACCGUGAGAAUAUUAUUGGUCUCAACAGGAAUAUCAGCAUUCGGGAUUAACACGCCGAUAUUUUAUCUGGCUCAUCAAGCGGAAGAGGAAGGACUCGGUGACACCGUUGUAUUACUCCAAGCUUAUCUCGGAUUGGCUUGGACCCUUGGCUGCGUUGCCUUUGGUCUUUUGGUCGUUCAUCGAAACGUCGAGUGCAGAAUUGCAAGGCAAUACCUUACACAAGCCGCUGUAUUCGUAUGCGGGCUUUGCAUUCUUGCUCUUACCGCAGUUCAAGGAAAUUAUCACGGAUACGUUAUGUUCACAUGGAUUUACGGCAUCUUUUGUGGUGGCUAUCAUUACAGUCUUAAGAUGUAUACGUACGAGAGGGUAAGAGCCAGGAAUUUUGCCAGAACUUGGGGAUUCGUUCAAUGUUCUCAGGCUAUACCCAUUGCUAUUGGUGUGCCAAUUUCUGGAUACAUAAAUGAUGGUUGCGGUGGUAAAGCAGGUUAUUAUUUUAGCUCGACUUGCGUUUUAGUCGGUAGUUUCACUUUAUUCUUCAUAGAUCUUCAUAGACGAAAUUUAUCAAAACACAAGCAUACCAGAGCAAAUGGUAGCAAGCAUCUAUGCGUUCUUGGUAAUUGUCCUCAACAACGGAGACCGUCAUUCAGUCAUGAACAAGAAAAUGAUGGUACGCACGUGGCAGCUGCUGGUGCAGCUGCUGCUGCUCUUGUACUUGGAGCUGAACUUGGACCGACACCCGGUGACAUGAUAGACGCAUUGGGAGCAGACAAACCAGAACUUACGUGUAUUUCCGAGGAAGGUAUAGCCGAUAUGGAUCUGCCGGAUAAUCUUCUCGAAGAUUUAGAUUACAUCGGUGACUGUAUAACCUCGUGCAACAAGGUUGAAAACUACCUCAUGCUUUCUGAAUUUGAAAACAAUCUUAUCGCAGAAAUGCCGAUUAUUAUGGGCCGGCGAGGUCGCAGGUGGUCCUUGGCACGGUCGAAGGCUGGUCAAACAACAACUACAACAGCUUGUAGCGGCCAACAACAAGCAACGAGUAGUACUAAUGCAGUGGCAGGCAACUCACCAAUCCAGGAGGAAGAUACGAACGAUACGAACGUCAAGUGGCACCUUGGAAGUCAGCCUACCAACACUAAUAGUCGAACGAUUACGGUCAUCGACGAAGCCAGUACGUAAUUUCAACGACUAAAGAAUAUCCUGCGAAACAGAAAAAGAAAAAAAAGAAAAUAAAAUAAAAUAAGAUAAAAAGGAAGAAGAAAAGAAAAAGGAAGAGGAACAAAGAAACGUUAUCCAGUAAAGGAAAAAGAUAAUUUAGUUAUAAUGGCACGGGAACGAAUCUUUUGUAUAGGACAAUUUCGGUUCGUAAAUAUUAAUAAUAAUAAUAAUAAUAAUAAUAAUAAUAAUAACAACUAAAGGAAUAUAAUCUACUCUAAACGAGGACAGAAAUAUACAAAAAGAGUAGUAGAAUUUUGUUAUAAAUUAAAAUUUCAAACAAUCUGACCGCGGCGGUCUGCUUUUUCUGAUAUUUAUAUACGAUAAUUCGAUAAUAGAGAUUCUUCCUCUUUUUUUUCU